AUUAGAUCAAUGCAGUAAAUUUAUUAAAAAUCGCUAAAAUUGAUAGGUGAAAGUGUUAAAUAGUUAAAAAAACUAGAUUGGAGCAGUAAAUAAGUAGUAUUGAGUGAUGGAACGAUUAGAAAGUGGAAGUAUAAUUUUAUGCAAAAGUGGGACUAAAAGGCAUAUAAAUUGUGGACCAGAUUUGGGAAACUAUGUAAAUCUCAGAACUAAUUAAUUUAAAAAUAUUUUAGCGAUUCAAGGUGAUCUUUAAAGCCUUUUUCUCAUGGAUGGGGUGAGAGGAGAAAAAGCGACUAAUUUCCGAUCAGUAGCUAAUUUCUGUAUUUUUAGAUCUAUAAUGUAUUUUAUUCCAACAACCGAGUUUAACCAUGGAAUUGACAAAUUUUUUUAAAAACGUUAAUUUUUAAUCAAAUUUCUGAAUUAAAUUAAAAUUUAAACCGAUAUUUGUACACUAGUCAUACUAAAUAGUAUGUUAAUAUAAGCCAUGCUGAAGAGAAACAUAAACGUAAAGCUGGCCCAAAAGGCAGCGAUGUUCAUGGCCGGCUUUACUCUGUACCAAUGCCUAAGAAUCGCACUAACAGCCUCUAGUUUUGCACUGAAAAGAUUUUCAAUUCCCAGGAGGAAUGUGGAUAUUUUCAUCACCAAGAUCCACAACUCUAUGGAGGUUGCAAUUUUUUUAGGGAUUCUAAUAAUGACCUUGUAUAUACUUUUCACGCCGAGGAAAUAUUCCCAUUACAAUAAUUUAGUCUCAGUGGUAACAAACUGGUUAGUUUGUGUGCUUUACUUUGUGGUUUUAUACGCGUAUGCUGGAAACGGGAAACUAGGCCACCUAACAGCCUAUUACUGGGGAUUAGUACUCUCAGGAUUCGCAAUGGGCAUGAACCAGUCGAUAGUGAUGUCGGUGAGCGUGGACAACAUAUCAUUUUUCGCAGGAGCAAUCCCCUUUGCAGGAGUCCAAGUGUCGAUAUACCACAUUCUGUUCCUCAAGAUUAACAGAGGCAGAGAAGACUACGACGUUGACUACUGGAUAUUGGUGUAUCAGAUAAUAUUCGCAAUAAUAAUAUCAACAGUUACAGCUAUCCUUUGGACAGUGGGAUUUUUAGGAGAGUUCACCUCAAAACUGAGGAGAAACAGCUUAAUUGACAAUACCGAAGUUCCUACGAUUGUAAUUGAUUUAGGUGAACAAAACUCUGAUGAAAAUGAUACCAGUACUGAUAAUCCAAACUUCAAUAGCAGCGACAACGACUCCUUAAAUAGCCGUGACAAGGACUCCUUAAAUAGCCGUGACAAGGACUCCUUAAAUAGCCGUGACAAGGACGCGGAUGAUGAAAUGGAUUCUGAUGUAAGAUUGGGACAAAAGGGGCUAGAUGACCUUAACAGAAAGUCUAAGCGCGUAUUUAUAACAGAUAUAACUAGAAAAUUGAGCAAAUCGCUGAGUUUCUUUGUGGAUUUAUCGUUUUACAAAUCGGUGUGCAAUGCAGCAUCGCCGAUUCUAAUGAGCACAAUCGCAAUGGGUCUGGUAUACUUUGUAUUCCCAGCAAUUGCUCCAUACAGGUUCACUGACUUGGUCACUGCACACAGGAUAGACGUGUCAAUCCUGAUAACUUUCAUCGCCCCUGCAGUCAUUAACAUAAUUUUAUGCGGUUACAACAUUGGUCCGAAUUGUGACUGGAGUGUUAAAAAGUACUGGCACCUGAUCUGGCUGUUUGCAAUUCCGUAUUUCAUCUGCAUAGUCCUCUUCUUAGUUCCCAUUCACUACCCCGAAUCCCAUUUCGGCCAACUCAUGACUAGUAAUACUGCAGUUCUCGCCACCGUGUGCUUCACAUUCUCAAUCAGUCACGCCAUUCUCAAGACUGUUGGAUUUACGGGUGCUGGAGUCCAAAGCACAACCAUACCCAAUCCCACCAUUGUCAACAACACUGACAUCCAAUUCAACCCCAGAGGAUCAGACGCGCCUCAACUGACAGUUGGGAAAGGAAAGCCAAACGGCAGAAAGGAUCGGAGUAGGAACGGUCAGGUAUCGUCGUUUAACAUCUUGCUGUCUUACUUCUUCUUGGUGUUUUUCGCCUUCUUGGGUGAUGGUUACAUCAAGACCAUUAAGCUUUUCGAACGCAAUCGGGACUUCUGGCCGACCUAUGACAUGGGUUUCUUUGCGAGUUUCGCCUUCUGGACUAAAAAAUCAUUUAAAAGGGGCUUGAAAUCCUUUGGUGAAGUCUUCACUCUCAACGUCAGAGAUCAGCUCAUGACGUGAAAUCUUUAAGUAAGUAAAUUUAUUCCUUUCAACUUUG